GGCGCCAUGGAGCUGAAGCAUCCUGUUGGUGCCCAUUGCCAUGGCGAUCAGGUGGUGCCCGGAGAGAGGGGAGAGAAGCAGCUGGCCAUGAGGAAGCUGUGCAUGGCCUCCUUCAUCUGCCUGGUGUUUAUGAUCGGGGAGGUGGCUGGAGGCUACUUGGCCCACAGUCUGGCUAUAAUGACGGAUGCAGCCCACCUCCUGACUGAUUUGGGCAGCAUGCUGGUCAGCCUCUUCUCCCUGUGGAUCUCCACCAGACCCCCCUCCAAAACCAUGAGCUUCGGAUGGCACCGCUCAGAGGUCCUGGGUGCCUUCGUCUCCGUGACGUCCAUAUGGAUGGUGACCGCGGUGCUGGUGUACCUCGCCCUGCAGAGGCUCAUCGACAGCGACUAUGAGAUCGACGGGCACGUGAUGCUGGUGACGUCAGGAGGGGCCGUGGUGGUCAACCUCAUAAUGGCAUUUGUUCUCCAUCAGUCCUCCGCCUCCCAUGGCCACACCCAUGGCCACGGCCACGCCCACAGCUCCGGGUACCACAAGCUUCACGAGGGCAGGGAGAGCAGUGCGAUUCCACACGGCCACUCCCACGCGCUCCUGGGUGGCCAUGGCAACACCAGCGUGAGGGCGGCCUUCGUCCACGUGUUGGGGGACCUGCUGCAGAGCGUCGGGGUGAUGCUGGCCGCCACCAUCAUCUACUUCCGGCCUGAGUACAAAAUAGCAGAUCCACUCUGUACCUUCCUGUUCUCCGGCUUUGUCCUGGCAACAACCAUCUCAGUCCUCAGGGAUGUGCUCAGGAUUCUCAUGGAAGGAGCCCCUCUGGGCGUAGAGUUCGACUCCGUGAAAGAGGCGCUGCUGGCCCUGAAAGCGGUGAGGGGCGUGCACAGCCUGCACCUGUGGGCCCUGACACAUGGCCACGCCCUGCUCUCCGCCCACAUCGCCAUCGAGCCGAAUUCAGACCCUCAGAGCGCUCUUCAGGAGGCCUCUGAGCUCCUGCAGGACUCGUUUGGGUUGUACUGCACCGCCCUCCAGGUGGAGCUCUACUCUCAGGACAUGGACCACUGCGUGCAGUGCCGGGACCCCUCUGACUGA